UACACAGAGAGAAGGACUGUCAGCACGGUUUAUGGUUAGAAAAACACAUUUUAGGUUUCGAGUUGGCACAGUAGAGAGAAACAAGGUUAUUUUGAUGAUAAGUUUGGGGUUUAGAAGCAAGGAAGUCUAUAUUUUAAGUGGAUACAUUGAGAUCAUAAAAACUGAAAGGUAGUUAAAAUGUUUAGGGUCAGUCAUUGCAAAAACAGGCUCAGGUAAAGUCCAGGUGGGUGACGGUCGAGUAUUUGUUCAGCUACAGUAACUUUGUGUCAUAAAUCUCAGUUCCUGACACCAUGUUUGAACUUUGAGCCUUCUGCAAAUGAUGUUGUCUGACAGAGAAGCAAUGAACGAGCACCUGCUGAAAAUACUGAUCGUUGGCGAUGGAACUGUUGGAAAAACCUCCUUUGUGAGCCGCUACGUCAACGGACUGUUCAGCAAGAGCUACAAGGCGACAGUGGGAGUGGAUUAUGCUGUGAAGCUGCUGCACUGGUCCGAUAAAGAUAAAGUUAGACUGCAACUAUGGGACAUCGCAGGCCAGGAGCGUUUCAUAUCCAUGACCAGGAUCUAUUAUAAAGGCGCAAUGGGAUGUGUCGUGAUGUUUGACGUCACCAACUCGUCCAGCUUCCUUAACUGUCGCCAUUGGAAACGAGACCUUGACAACAAGGCAAUGCUGCCCAACGGAGACUCCAUCCCCUGCAUCCUGCUGGCCAACAAGUGUGACCUACCUCAGCGGGUCGUGUCAGCGGACAGCAUCGACAAGUUCAGUCAGGCCAACGGCUUCAUCACGUGGAUGGAGAUUUCAGUAAAAGAGAACAAGAACAUUGGAGAGGCUAUGAGGAGGUUGGUGCAGAAUAUUUUGUCCGUUCAGUCCAGCCUGGACCCCCUCCAACCUGAACCCCAAGACAGCGUUUACCCUCAACUGGACUCAGAGUGCACCAGUAGAGGAGAAGGCUGCUGCUGAAUCACAGGAACAAGCAAACACAGCCAAGACCUGCUCAUUAGUUUAGAUUCUCAAGUUGUUUCAAGCGCCACUGAGCAAGGCACUUCACCCUCAAGUACUAAGUGAGUCUGUCCGCUAAUAGAAGAGGACAAAGAAGCACCAGGAGGCUGUCAGUAGAGGCGUCUUAUAUAUAAGGAGGUGUAGAUUGGUUUUACUGAGAAGAUCUUUAGCAGGUGUUCAUGUCUGAGUCUGCAUGGAUCCAAAAUGACACUAUGAAUAUUAAAGCAGCACAGAGUCUUACAA